CCUGCGCAGUGCGCGCCCGCGGCUUCGCGGCCUCUGAACCUCGGGCCGCGGUGCGUCUCGGAUGGCGUCGGGCAUGGAACCCGGCGGCGGCGCAGACCUUCCGGGCGCUUUCGUGCUGAGUAACCUGGCGGAGGUGGUGGAGCGCGUGCUCGCCUUCCUGCCCGCCAAGGCGCUGCUGCGCGCUGCCGGCGUGAGCCGGCUGUGGAGCGCGUGCGCGCGCCGCGUGCUGCGGGGCCAGCGCGACGUGGCCUGGGUGUCCGUGGGCCGGACCGACGCCCUCCCCGACGCCGCCCCUGACGGGCACCGACUGCUACGCGCGGUCGCUGAGGAGCUCGAGAAUGUUCACAUCUUACCGAGGACGGUUCUGUAUAUGGCCGAUUCAGAAACAUUUGUUAGUCAGGAGCAGCGUCGGGGCCACGUGAAAGCAAGGAAAAGAAUGAGUAUGGAAACAGCAGUUGCCCUGGAGAAGCUGUUCCCGAAACAGUGCCAAGUCCUCGGGAUCGUGACCCCAGGAAUUGUAGUGACUCCAAUGGGAUCAGGUAGCAAUCGACCUCAGGAAAUAGAAAUUGGAGAAUCUGGUUUUGCUCUGUUAUUUCCUCAAAUUGAAGGAAUAAAAAUACAGCCCUUUCAUUUUAUUAAGCAGUCAAAGAAGUUAACACUAGAAAAACAUGAGCUUACUGAAGUGGGUCUUCUGGAUAACCCGGAGCUGCGUGUGGUACUUGUGUUUGGCUAUAACUGCUGUAAGGUGGGAGCCAGCAGUUACCUGCAGCGUGUGGUCAGCACUUUCAGUGACAUGAACAUCAUCUUGGCUGGAGGCCAGGUGGACAGUCUCUCAUCGCUGACCUCCGAAAAGAGCCCUCUGGAUAUCAAUGCCACCGGCGUGGUUGGAUUGUCCUUCAGUGGGCUGCGCAUCCAGAGUGCCACAGUGCUCCUUAAUGAGGACGUCAGUGAUGAGAAGGCUGUGGAGGCGGCCAUGCAGCGCCUCAAGGCAGCCAACAUCCCAGAGCAGGACACCAUCGGCUUCAUGUUCGCGUGCGUUGGCCGGGGCUUCCACUAUUACCGAGCCAAGGCCAAUGUUGAGGCGGAUGCAUUCAGAAAGUUUUUUCCUAGUGUGCCUUUAUUUGGCUUCUUUGGAAAUGGAGAAAUUGGAUGUGACCGGAUAGUCACAGGGAACUUUAUACUGAGGAAGUGUAACGAGGUAAAGGACGAGGAUCUGUUCCACAGCUAUACAACCAUAAUGGCCCUCAUUCACCUGGGGUCAUCUAAAUAAAGCAGCUUUCACAGCAUAUAACUUCGGGUUCUGGCUUUUCCAGAAAAUGGAACCUUGGGGUAUGUGUAUUUGAAACAAAAAUAACUUCAUCUGUAUCUGUUUUCCAGCUUUGUUGAUUUGAGAUCACACUGAGGUAGUUUUUAACAUACGUGAAGCAUAACUUUGUACACAACAUAACACAAACCAAUAAUUCUGCAUCAGGAGCAAGCAAAUCUCAGUGGUUGUGUUGCACAAGGUUAUGUAGCUGAUGUAAGGUGACUUCAAAUGGUGGCGGCUGGAGGAUUAGACUUUCCGCAUCUACCUGUUCGUACUAGUAGGUGAUCUGUUAGCUGAAGAAUCUUUAUAAAAGAGAAAAGCCAUAGAUGGCUGAAAAGUUUUUCUCUGCUAUAUUUCAUUUUCUCCAGGUAUUUUUAGAAGUUGGACUGCUAUUAUUGAUCUUUCUACUUAUAUGAUAAAAAUUAAAGAGCUAUUUUUGUAUUGGUGCACAAACUGCCAAAGACUUCUUAGAUUUUAUAAGUAAGCCAUUUUCCUCUUUUCUCUCAACUACAAAAGAAGAGUCUUUUUUUUUCCCCCUGUAGCUCUGUAUAGCUAAUUGGCAGACCAAAAAAAUUAUAGUACCUUAUUUUGGCUUUCUGCCAAUAAAA